AUGGCAGGUCCUCGUGAAAUUUUCACAGAUGUGAAUGCAUUCUUGGCUUGCACUAAAAAUGUUUGUGAAUUUUGCACAAAGAAAGAACAAAGCAAUGAACGGCAUUUAAGAAGGAAACAUCUUCAGAAAGCUGUUUACUUCUUUCAUCAACAGAAAGAAUGUUUCACAGUUGCAUGGCCCACUCCACCAACGUUAUUAAAUCCACAAAUCAUAACAAACCAGGCUACAGUGAAUGGAUAUACUCAUGUAAAAAAAGGCCACCUCCAAGUACGCUUCCAGGAGUACACAUCUGGUUUCCACAAUUUCAACGAUCGCGUCCUACUAACACUACCUCUGUGUCACCUGUUACUGUCAGCACUAGCUAACAAAACAGCUCCUGGUCGCAUGCUUUCGACAAUAACACAUUUCAAUGACAGCCACUUCCACCAUCAAACAGCUUGGACAAACCUAGACAAAGAACUUGUGGCCGAAGGGUUUCUGACAGGCACCUCCUGCGGACACUGUGCCAACUAUGACAGCUACAGCCUAAUGGAACAUGAGAGUGAGAAGGUGCUUGACAUACAAACAGUACAGAGCAAUGAGGUAGGAAGGAGUUUUUACAUGGAAAAAGAAGAGUCUUGA